CUCCGGCUCUCCAUAGUCCAUGCCCCUAUCUUUCUCACGGUAAGAAGCUCUUGUAGGCAGGCAGGCACACACCGGCGCACGUAACACAAACCACUACACGCGCACCUAGAGCUAAACAUCCAUGACCGCCACAUUCGCGACCACCGUCGCGGCCUCUCUGUCCGUCGCAGGUGGCCUUGGGAGGCUGCUCGGCCUCGGCCUCGGCGCUUCGCUGCGACCCUGCUCGCCGCGGGCGAGGACGUGCGUCGUCCAUGCGUCGGGGCAGCAGUCGGUGAAAGAGAAGGCCGCGGCCGGGCUGACCGCCGCGGCCAUGGCGGCCGCGCUUGUGCUGCCGGAGGUCGCGGAGGCCGCUGGCCCCGGGCUUCCGCCGUCGCUCAAGAACUUCCUGCUCAGCAUCGGCUCCGGCGGGGUCGUGCUCCUCGGCAUCAUCGGCGCCGUCGUCGCCGUCUCCAACUUCGACCCCGUCAAGCGAGGCUGAUCUCUGCUGUUUGUGUACCACGCGCAUGCAAAACUCCUCCAUCUCUUCGAUUAUUAUUGCGAAAAUAACAACGGUUAUCACUGCAUGUAACUUUUGCCGUUCAGAUUUAUUUCACGGGUUUGUGCUCAAA